GAUUGAAUGGCUGCCUCGUCCAAAGAGUGCACAUUCUGUUUUGCUGUAAUUAAUUUUACGUUACUUGGUGAUUUACGCGUGAAAGAUACUCUGGCUCAUAUAAUUUGGGAUAUUGAAAUCACAGCAGCAGCAAGAGCAACAGCAAUAGCAAUAGCAAUAGUAAUAGCAAUAGAAGAAAUUUUGAAAUGGAAAAAAGCGCGGAUGGAUUGUUGUUUCGCGCAGAGAGAAAUAAUGGGGCUAAUGAAGGAACAAUGGGAAUGGCUUGUGUUGAAGAAAAAGUGGCUAUUUUGGAUGCAGGUGCACAAUAUGGUAAAGUGAUAGAUCGAAAAAUUCGUGAAUUGAAUGUUCACAGUGAAAUUCUGCCUCUUGAUACAUCUGCGUUUACCCUCCAAGAAAAAGGCUAUAAGGCUAUUAUAAUUUCUGGAGGGCCAAGUUCUGUAUAUGCAGAAGAUGCACCUAAAUAUGAUGCAGACAUCUUUAGAAUAGGAAUACCAGUACUAGGUAUUUGUUAUGGAAUGCAAAUGAUGAAUAAAGAGUUUGGAGGUACAGUAAUCAGCAAAGAAGGUAGAGAAGAUGGUCAGUUUCCAAUAGAAAUAGAUUCCAAGUGCCUUUUAUUUAAGGGCUUGGAUAAGGAACAAAUGGUACUUUUAACACAUGGAGACAGUAUAGACAGGGUGGCCGAUAGUUUUCACAUUACUGCCAGAUCAUCAAACUUUAUAGCAGGGAUAGCAAGUGACAAAAUGAAUUUAUACGGGGUACAAUUUCACCCGGAGGUAGAUCUUACUCCUAAUGGAAAAAUGAUGUUAAACAAUUUUUUAUUUGGUAUUGCUGGUCUUACGGGUAACUAUACACUUCGUGGCCGGGAAGCACAGUGUAUUCAGUAUAUCAGAGAUACUGUUGGCAACAAGAAAGUUUUGUUGUUAGUGAGCGGAGGUGUGGAUUCCACAGUAUGCGCGGCGCUGUUACAUAAAGCUUUAAAUAAGGAUCAAGUCAUAGCUCUGCAUAUCAACAACGGCUUCAUGCGAAAAGGAGAGACACAAUUUGUGGAGCAAAGUUUGGCAGAGUUAGGAAUUCGACUGAGAGUAGUCAAUGCCGUACGUUGGUUCAUGCAAGGAACUACAUCAGUCCCUUUGGAUAAUGUCACUCCAGUCGCCAACGCAAAUACCGUGAACAACAAAGGAAUAUGUGGAACAGCAACUACCCCAAGAACUAGAUUAACUAAAGUGCUGUGUGCAACAACUAAUCCCGAAGAAAAGCGAAAAAUUAUAGGUGAUGUUUUUGUAAAGGUAGCAAACGAAGCUAUGGCAGAAAUGGGUUUAAAGCCAGAGGAAGUAUUUCUUGGGCAAGGCACCCUCAGGCCCGAUCUUAUAGAAAGUGCAAAUGCAUUAGCUAGUGGUAAAGCUGACGCGAUAAAAACACAUCACAAUGAUAGCGAUCUUGUUAGAGCUUUGAGAGCACAGGGCCAGGUAGUAGAACCUUUAAAAGAUUUUCACAAGGACGAAGUGAGACAAUUGGGUCGCGAUCUUGGAUUACCAUCAUCGCUAGUUUCUCGUCAUCCGUUUCCCGGACCUGGACUUGCUGUACGUAUUCUUUGCGCGGACGAACCUUAUAUGGACAAAGAUUUCCCAGAAACGCAGGUGAUAGUCAAGAUAAUGGCAGAAUAUGAACAAAUGCUUCAAAAGAAACACGGAUUAUUAAAUCGUGUAGAAGAUGCAACUAGCGAAUCUGAACGCCAGUAUUUGCGACAAUUAUCUAGUUAUCGUCAUAUCGCUGCAACGCUUUUACCUAUACGUAGUGUAGGAGUACAGGGAGAUCGAAGAAGUUACAGUUACGUAGUAGGUUUAUCCGUCGAAGAAAGCGUAACCGAGGGAAUAGAAUGGAACGAUCUGUUGUUCCUUGCAAAACUAAUACCGCGUGUAUGUCAUAAUGUAAACCGUGUGUGCUUCAUUUUUGGCCCUCAGUUACAUCAUCCUGUAAUGGAUAUCACGCCGACUCAUCUUACGUCGAAUGUAAUCGCCACGCUCCGACAAGCUGAUCACGUAGCAAACUUAGUGCUAGUUACGAACGGUUGUAUGGGAGCGAUCAGUCAAAUGCCCGUAGUUUUAAUUCCCAUACAUUUCGAUCGUGAGGCUGGUUCUCGAAUACCUUCAUGCCAACGUUCAGUAGUCCUUAGGCCGUUCGUUACUAACGAUUUCAUGACCGGCACUCCGGCUAUACCAGGAAAGGAGUUGCCGUUAGGUGUGGUGAAGAAACUAGUAACCGAAUUAUCUACAAUACCCGGUAUCUCGCGUGUUUUGUAUGACUUAACAUCUAAACCGCCGGGAACUACCGAAUGGGAGUAGUAAACGCUGAUCUCUGAUUCA